AGAACAAUAAUAAGUUAUUAAUUUUUUUCUUCAAUUCAACCAAUAAAAAUUUAAAUAGAGUUUUAUAACCGACAAAUAUACUGAACAAGUGGAUGAGCGAAGUAGACAAGUACACACUGAGUAGUCGCGUGUCUGACAGUUGACUAGUGACAGGUUGUUUAAAAUGUUAUUUACUUAUUUUUUAACAAAUUAGUUUUACGUUUGAGUGGAAUUUUUUUAGUUAUAACACGAUUGAUUGGCUCAUCUUUUUAUUUGUUCAUGAAUAAUUUAUAUAUAAGUACUAUUCAAAUUUGUUGAAAUUACUUUUUUUUUUGAUAAUUUUUUUUAUGCAUGUAAUUCAAUUGGAAAGUACACCAUCACCUUGACCGAUGUGCCAGACCAGUAUUCAAUGUGCCAGAAUUAUAAAUAUGACCUUCCUAUAUCAGGUUUAGUGAAAUUUAAUGAAAUAUGAAGAAAUAUAUACAUGGUAUUUAUUAAAAUCGUAACGACAUAUGAAGGACAUAAAAAAAAAUUAAUGUAAAUAAGAAAAGUUGCGGUAAUAUAAUUAUGUGUGGUUUCGUGUUUAAAUAUAAUUAUGAUAAACACGCAAAAACUAAUAAUAAUUGUGGGUAUGGACCAAGAAAUUAACAAAGACUGAGCCGCUUGUUGAAAAUAAAACUUCAGGAUAAAUUUUAUAUUUUGUAACUAAAUUAAAUAAAUCACUAAACUAAUAAAUCUAAAAAGAUUUUCAAAACUAUUUCAAAUAACAGUGAUAUAAAAUAAAUAAUAAAAGUUUUUCAAAACUGCAAAUAUUAAUAUUUAAAUUUUAAUAAUGAUCAAUAAUGAAAAUUUAGUAAACAAUAAUGAUAUUACAACAUCGAAAAAAACGGAUUCGGAAAAAAAAAAUUCAAAACUUAACAAUGGAAAAAAAAGUUUAGAUCGUUCGUUGAUGAAUAAUAAUAUAACUCAAGAACCACCAGAAAAUAUUGAAAAAAUGUGGGAAUCAAUGUUACGGGUACAAGACGAAAUUGGUACAAAAGCUAUUAAAGAAAACUUGGAUAUAAUCGAAAAUAAUUUAGAUGAGGUAAAGCAGCCAAGUGUAGAGGAAAUUAAAACUGAGGAUGAAGAGCUGGAUCUGGACUUGGAGGAACUAUCGCCUGAGGUGAUGGAGUACGCUAAACGGGAACUUGGUGAAACAGAUGAGGUCAAGUGCCAAACCUUGCAGGAGCUACGCGACAUGAUAUAUGAAAGAGGUGAAUGUACCCCCCACAGGAUGGACGAUGCCUUUUUAAUCAGAUUUCUUCGUGCACGUAGUUUCAAUGUUAACCGAGCUCAUCGGUUGGUUGUUAGAUAUUAUAAUUUCAAAGAAGAUCAUCCGGAAAUACAUAAAAAUGUAAAUCCACUAAAAAUGCAUCAUAUUGGUGAUGAUGAUGUAAUGACUGUGCCAGCUUAUAGAACACAAUGUGGACGUAGAAUGAUGAUUUAUAGAAUGGGUAAUUGGGAUCCUAAAAAAUAUGGUGUUGAAGAAAUUUUCAAAGCAACUGUUAUUAUACUUGAACUGGGUGUUUUGGAACCGCGAGCUCAAGUUCUUGGAGGAGUCGUUAUUUUCGAUCUUCAGGAUAUUACUUUAGCACAUGCUUGGACUAUUACACCUCAGGUUGCAAGUAUGGUAAUGGCAUUAAUGGUAUCCUCAUUUCCAAUGAAAACUUAUGCGAUUCAUAUUCUUCAUCAGUCUUGGGUAUUCGACAUGAUAUAUGCAAUGUUUAAACCUCUUAUAAAUAAAGAAAUGCAGGAACGGGUUUUUUUCCACGGUGACGAUAUGGCAAGCCUUCAUAAACAAGUGGCGCCUACGUCAUUGCCGAAGAAAUAUGGAGGUACACGAGAGGAGUUGCCAUAUUACAAGUGGAUUGAUUCACUUAGCUUAAAACCUAAAAUUGUCAAGGAAAUGCAAUCACUUGGUUACGUUAUUCCAGAAGAGUUGAUUAAAGACCUUUGAUCUUUAUAAUUUCUCUACAUAGAAUAUUUAAUUUGAUAUGAUAUAAAAGAUAGUCAUUGUAGUAACAAAAUAUAAUAUUUUAAUAAAUAUUAUAUUCUCUUAGAUUGUCAUUGAUUUUUUAUAAUUAAUUAUAAACUAUCAAUAAUUAACGCCCUGCUGUAAUUAUUACGAUAUUUGAAUUUUUUUAUGUAACUCAUGCCGAUGAAGAAUACGCUACUAAAUCGCUGGAGUCAGCCUCAUAAAAUUUUAUAUUAAAAUACAAUCCUUUCUGAUUAGUCAAACGAGUUGAUUAAUGUACAUUAAAACACUCAUUUUUAUAAUAGACCAUUGAGUUUUAGUGAAAUGGGCGAAGUAUAUCCCUACUCAAUAAUUCUAGCCAAUAACUAAUCUAUCACCUUUCUCUUUCAUGACGUCACUUUAAAUUUAGCUACCUUAUUAACAUGACCAAAAUCUUUAGACUGCACACGUGCAUUCAAUUACUCAGCACACAUAUGUGCAGAUCAAGACAACCUGACAUACCUCUAUUAAUUGAUACGACAUGACACCAACAAUAACUUUCUAUCUUCCCGCUAAGAAAAUCGAUGAUUUACAAAAAUUUUGGAAGUUAUUGUUUUCACCCCGAUUUUCGAAAAUAGAAAUUUUAUCAGAUGUGGACGUUUUGAGGUCCUAGGAAGAUAUUCUAUUUUCAGAAUGAUGUCUGAGUGUCUGUAUGUAUGUGUGUGUGUGUGUGUGUGUGUGUGUGUGUGUGUGUGUGUGUGUGUGUGUGUGUGUGUGUGUGUGU